AUGUCUGGCCUCGAGAUCGCCGCUCUUAUCCCGGCGAUAGUAUCGGCCAUCACUGCAAUCAGUGCUGAAUUUAGAUCAUGGCGCCAGAAAAGAAAGGAGCGGUCAGCCAAGUCCGAGAACGUCGAGUUGAAAACGCUGUUACAUGAGAGCAGCUCGGUCGUGCAGUCCAAGUAUGACACCAAUCUUCAGCGGCUCGGAGAGGAUUUCAAGAGGGGAGAUAGUAUCGGACGUGAGGCAUUGAUGGAGCAUCUGAUCGUUCUUCAAACCACUGUGAUUUCGCUACUGCGAGGCCAAAAUAUCAACAUCACUGAUCUUAUUCACCCGAAUCAUUCCUUAAUCACGAGAGGUACAAAAUCAGCUCGCGAUGGAACUAUUAGCGCCCUUUCCCAGCAAUACCAGCGACUUGCUCAGGCUGAUCCAAUCCCCCGUCUUCCCCCGGCAACUUCUGAGCCACCUGCCGAAGACACGCACCACUCUUCCACAUGCCCUUAUCGCAACCGCAACAGCUGCUUUCACGACGAUGACUUUCGAAACAAUUGUUUUGGGGAAGUGAUACUAAUGAAGCAUGGUUUUGGCCAUAAUAUUCAUCGCCUGAAUUGCGAAGAGUGUGGUUGGGAAGGUCCAGCCAGAGAGGAGUUAACUAGAAUAGGAUUUAAAACCAGAGACCGUAUUCGUCUUUGCAAUUAUAUGGUUUGGGAACAAUUUCAUCGCUUCGUUCCUGCCCCUCAUUCAGGGCGCCCGAGGUAUGAUGAAAAUGGCUACAGGUGCUAUAUCUGUGGGCACGAGAUGAAGAAUGGCACCCGAUGUGAGGAUUUUGGAGUUAGCUAUGAGAAGCUAAUGCGUCAUAUACGCCGAGAGCACUUCGCAGACGAGAUCGAACGCCCUUCAUAG